AUGCUCCAAACACCGGAAAUAGAGAAGUCGAAAGGGGUUAUGCAAGCGAUAUUGUACGAUGUCAUCGAGAAGAGGUGGGUUGGUAAAAUAAAUCUCUCAUAUUCCGAAAGAUGGUUUUGAAAGCCAGGGUCUAUACUUGUUACUUAUUCUUUUCAAAUUCGUGGGAACUUGGAGAAAGGAGAAUAUUUUCUUGCUGGGAGAAUUGGGUCUUCGCUAAUUCAGCUUGAUUGAAGAAGUUGAGCAAAUUAGUCUUUUUUUUUACUUUUGAGGUCGUUUUUAUUGAGUUCAUUAGCAGAAUCGAGAAAGUUACCAAAAAAUUUUUCACGUAUUAUCUUAUUGAUAAUGAAUCUAUGAACUCAAUUUUUUUGUACUUGAUAUGAUUUUAAAUUUAAAUAUGGAAUGCAAGUCAGUUUCUACUUUUUUUCGUGAUUUUUCAGAAGAAAAAAACUGUAUAUUUAAAGAAUGCUUCAAUAAUUCUUAUUGAGUUGGUUGUUGAAAAUAGAGUUUGAAAUGUGCUUUUGUGUGAAUAAAUACUGAAUAAAAUUAAGAAACAAAGUUAAACAGUCUUAAAAAUCUACUACGCGAAAUGGUUUAUUUGACUGAAAUUGCUGUAAUUGUGAAAGAUAUGAAAGGGGUAGAGUUUAGUAUGAAAAAAAAUCUUGGCAGGUUUCAAAACUGAACUUCUGAUAUUUUCAAGCAGAAUCUCGAAAGUUCACAAAAUUAUUAGGAAGUCACUUAUUUCGAAAAAAGAAGGGGAGUUUUUGAACAGAGUUUUUCCGAGAAAGUUCUUCAAAUUUUCCAUAUUCAGCGAAUCGUACAAGUUCAUUCGGAUGGCCGACGACCUGCACGAUGUGGCGCGAUACCUCAACGACAUGCGGAUCUGCUUCAUUGCCCUCACAAUCACGGGCUACGUCGUUCUCAUCAUCUACUUGUUCGUCUUCUGCGUGCGGCGAAGUCGGCGGAACGCGGCGCCUCGUCGCCGCAAUUGGGACUAUCAAGUGGGUGCUUCUCAUCUCGAAACCAUCCAAUUAUUUCGUCUAGUUGGAGAGCCAACGUGACGUCAGUGCGCAGCAAAGUGGAGACGACAUGCUCACCACCGUACGCUCCGACACCAACAGCAGCUACAUGGGUCGGAAUCACCACAGGUACGCCUUUCCCUUCUUUGAAAUUGGUCUGAAAUCAAGACGUCUUGAAGUCUUUCUAACUAGAGAGGGUUUCUAUUUUCUGUUAGAACUUCUUUAAACUUGGUCAAAACACUCUCAAAUUGUUAUUAUUACACUCUUUGAUUCAUCAGGUGAAUAUUCUGAGUCUCCAACUUUUUCGGAAAAAAGACACUUAUAAUUCAAGGAUACCUAUCUAAAUACGUUUAAAUAUGCAACACAUUUCUUAAGACGUACUUUUUUUCGAAACUAGGAUGUUGCACAGCUUGAGAGUUUCAGUAUCAAAUAUGUAAAAAUCAUUUUUCUAGUCAGCAAAGUUUCACCUAAAUUCAAAAAAAAACAUCUUUGGUAAUACUAUUGAACGAAAAAAAAUGGAAUGACUUGAGAAUAUUUUUAGUGGCCACUAUAGGGCUUUGACGUUUUAGUGGACUUUGUAGUGGUCAAAUUAGUGGCCACUUAAGGGGUUAAAAAUUAGUGGCCACUAUAGAGGUUUAAGUGCUACUACUAGAUCACUAAAAAAAUCUUUUGUUGAUAAAUUUUUUUCAACCUGCAAAAUGUAUAUUAUUGCAUUUUUUUCUCCCAUCAUAGUUUCUUUUUUUGUGAUUUUAGUUCAGACUUUUUUUCACGCCAUGAGUUUUUUUAUGAUCAAUCAACUCGCACAGUUCAAAAAAACAUUUUUAAUAACUCUUAUUCAAAUUUCUUAUAAAUCAUGCUUUUCAAAUACCAGUUUUUGGAUUCACUUGCCAAAUUUCUGUGAAUAUUAUAAAGUUAGAAUGACCAAAAGCACAAGCAGUGAUUUAAAAAAAAUAUUCCUCCAAGUUAUGCAAAAAUAAAUAAAUAUUUGUAGAAUUCGACGGCAGGAAAAGGUGAUUCAUGUGAUCGCUAACCACUCGCUUUGUUCUUGCCUUCUUUAACCACUCGCUCAGUUUAGCUCACUAGUUUUGCUGCACUUUCUAGAUCUUUUCAUAACAUUUUCCAGCGUUUCACUGAUUCUUCAAAACUAUUGCUACUGCUUAACAAGCUUUAAGAACUAUCCAAUUGCACAUGCAUGCCGAAGAAGUUCGGUGCUAUUUCCGUUUCACCUCAGUUUCAGUAGCCCAAACGAAAAAAAUAGAGACUACGAGAAGAAUGAAUGUUGACGUUUCAGCAGAGCGCAUCAGAACACGGCGCCAACUUUCAUGCGACACGGGCACAUGAACCAUCAGCAAACGACACGGCUGGUGGCGGACAACGAUGGGUCAGCGGUAAGUAGCCCGGUGCACGGCAAAGUUGAUUUUCGCAGCUAAUUUCUUCAAUUUUUGAGCCAAAUCAAAAACAGGCCGAUCAAGUUAACUUUUCCGAAACUUGCAAAUGUGGAUUUAUAUACACUGCGGUUACUACUCUCUUUAUUUGAAGAAAAGUUCCUUAAAGCUCAAUGUUUGGACCAAUUCUCUUUUGAAACUAGGUCAUAGUGCAAUUUGUGUUAUUUAAGAACUUACAGUAGAAUUUUUUCAGCGAUUUUCUUUCCAGAAACUUCAGAAAAGUGGAGUGCCUUUUUUUAAAAUCAGAAAACACUCGAUUGAGGUUCGAAAAACUUUAACAGCCAAGUUGAGAAAAUUAGAUAGAUAAUCUAAUUCCUAUCUAGUAGUCAUUUUUCAAAUUUUUAUUACAUUCAUUGGUCGACGAGAAAAAAAAUGACUUCAUACCAAUCCUAGCGACAUUAGAAGAAAUAUUUAUAUUCAAACAGGCUUUUUCGGUAGAUUUGAAUAUGUAAAUAAAUUUUCACUACUAUAUUGAAAAAAUGGACUUUUUUUGGCUGCAUAUCAAUUUGCCGUGCACUUUACUUUCCUUCUAUUGAAGUUCAAAUACGAAUCUGAAACAGAAAAGACGUUCAGGUGAAACACCAAAUCCCUCACAUCACAACGGAAGCUCCAGCUGAAGAAAAAGCGAAAGUUCCGCAGUUAGUCAAAGAUUCGAUUGAUUCUUAA